UGCACGAGGGUUUUGGGGGGGCAGCGUUUGCACGAGGGUUUUGGGGGGGCAGCAUUUGCACGAGGGUUUUUGGGGGGCAGCAGCGUUUGCAGCAGCGCUGGGCACUGCGUGGGCACCGCCAUGCCCUUGGGCCACCUGAAGUUCAAGGAGCUGGGCGAGGAGGAGCCCGGCUCGGACGAGGAGAGCCUGGACAGCGUGAAGGCGCUGGCGGCCAAGCUGAAGCUGCAGACGCGGCGGCCCUCCUACCUGGAGUGGAAAGCGCGGGUGCAGGGGCAGCCCUGGCCGAGCAGGGCACCCGAGGGGGCCGGGGGGCCGCGGGGGGCAGAUCGGGCCCCCACACGCCCUGAGGAGCCGGCGGCCAGCGGCCUCUGCGGCUUCGCCUCCCUGGAGGAGGCUCUGGAGUGGCUCCGGACCGAGCUGCGGGAGAUGCAGGCGGCCGACCAGCUCCUGGCCCGGCAGCUGAUGCGCCUGCGGGCGCAGCUGCACCGGCUGAAGGUGGAGCAGGCCUGCCGCCGGCACAAGGAGCUGCUGGACGAUGCCACCUUCGGCCUCGAGGGCUGCGAGGAGGACUCGGACCUGCUCUGCAACAUCCCGCCCCGGGCCGCCUUCCUGCUCUCCAUGCCGCUCAAGCACAUCGGCGUCACCCGCAUGAACAUCAACUCCCGCCGCUUCUCGCUGUGCUGAGCGCCCCGGGGGCCCGGCAGCCGCGGGGCCGACGCGCGCAGCGACCGGCCGCGGAGCAAUAAAAGGAGCCGAUCGA